AUUACUCCAUUUUAUCUAUAUAAACCUCACAAACACAUAGUAAUCCUCACCCUACAACAUUCUCUAACUACACUUUUAUUUGGGCAGAUAGUUUUCAACCAAUUAAUUAAUGGCUUUCACCAAAUACUCCACUCUUUUCCUAGCCACUAACCUCCUUUUCUUUGUUGCCACACAAGCAUGUUUAACUUGCCAAACUCCAACAAUUCCUGCCCCUCUAAAGCCAACUCCUUCUAAGGGAACUUGCCCAAAGGAUGCCUUAAAGUUGGGAGUAUGUGCUAAGUUGCUUAACGAUUCCGUAGGGACGGUCGUUGGGCAACCGCUUGGCCACCCAUGUUGCUCGAUCCUCGGUGACCUUGUCAACCUUGAAGCUGCAAUUUGCCUUUGCACUGCUUUGAAAGCUAAUGUUCUUGGGAUCAACAUUAAUAUCCCAAUCUCACUUAGCUUGCUUCUUAGCUCUUGUGCCAAAGAGGUCCCCAAGGACUUCGUUUGUGCCUAAAUCAUUUUAAAUGAGAAAGAAUUGAAAUGACCAAUCGAUCACAUGAAUGGCAUUUCUGUUGGCAUAAAAAACAUUGUCUAGUUUUUCUUUAUUUUCUAAUGUUGUUCACCUGGCAUUGUGAUUUUCUGAGUUUCGAAAUUCGUAGUGUUUCGUUCUCCAUUUAGAUGUUAUGUUGAGGUUCAAAAAAGGUCAAUUGUUUGUGUCGUUGUAUUACUUUUAUUUACUAAUGUAUUGUACCUUUCAUUUAUUUGGAAUUAAUUAACUUGCUAAUAGUUAA